AUGAAUUUAGGUCUGAGUAUUCUCCUCGUGGUGGGGUUGUGUAACAGCGAUGUGUAUGGAGACCUACUUACUGUUGAUAUUUCGCACAACUGCCCGGAUGUGCUCUACAGGGUGGACACGUUCAGUGAGGUGUGGACGGUCAUAGCCAACAGUAAGAAGAAACGCGGAGGCAAGGCGUGGUGGCGCAACUACCAGGGGGCGUGUCGUAUGUCAUUCAUGACUGACGUGGAAGACCACGUGCUCUGCGUGAACGUCUUCAACAUUGAGAUCAUCUCUAAAGACGUCGUGCUCAAGUUCUACACGUCGCCUUACAGACCAGAAAGGAUAUACACGAAGAAGCACUACAGACCGGGCAGCUGGUGUACGGACGAGAAGAUCCUCACGAUGGCCCUCGUCACGGACGGCCUGCCCUCCGACAGAGACCCGGGAAUAGAUCUCAAGUUUAAAGUGACAAACAAGUCCAGGCAUGACAUAGAAAUGACGUAUUUCAUGGACUCAGCUGAACAAUGUGAGAUCACGCACACACUACCAAAACAAGGGUCCCUGCAGCUAGAAACUCACCGCUUUCCGGAAGUUGACGCACUUCCGGCGACGUGCGAGGUAUCGGUGACGGCGGACAGCGCGGAGGAAUACACCCGCGUGUGUGUUACUUUCUUAUAUUUUAACCUGUCAUCAGAGUGCAGUCAAGAGCUAACAAUAACACAGGUGGACAAGCAGUACUAUAACACAAAUUCCACGAGAUAUGACUGCAACACGGAUCCGACAGAACUGACGGAAGUGUGUUCCGAGCAUAAAACCUUGACCUUUAUCUUAACAAGAACAAGACCAAACGGAGGCUUCUUCGAAAUCCAGGUCACCAGCAAAUGGACACCAUGUAAGUCUGGAAUUAUUGUACAUGCAUUUUGA